AAACCUUUCUGGGAGGGCGGUCCAGUGAAUGAAGUUUGCCUCCUCCUCUUCUUCUUCGUCUUUCUUCCUGCCCAGUGCGGUGCCCAGUGCGAACAAACCCGCCUCCAGGCUCAGUGGCCUGGAGAUCUGUUGACCCUUUUCUCCAGCUUUUGGGGCAUUACCGCAUGUGUUUGGCGCAGCUCUCAAGUGUCGCUCUGGAGCAGAAGCAGAUCCAGGGAUAAGAGCGCAGGGGCCAGCUGGGAAUACUGGGCUGACGCCGUGAGGAGGAGGAGGAGGAGAAGGAAAAAGAGGAAAGAGAGGAGGAGGAGGAGGGUGGUCUCUUUCCCACACGGAGCUGAGGUCAAUGCUGCUGGCUGGAGCGACCCCUUCCCUGCACCCGGAGCCAUGAGCAACAGCGGCUCCGCCAACUUUCUGCUGGUGCCCAUCCCCGAGUACCCGCUACCGGACUGCGUGCCCAACAAGACGGUGAAGAUCGUGGUGCUGGGGGCCAGCAACGUCGGCAAAACUGCUCUCAUUGUCAGGUUUCUGACAAAACGCUUUAUUGGAGACUAUGAAGCCAACACAGGAGCGCUCUACUCCAGAAAGGUCACCCUGGACGGUGAGGAAGUGUCACUUCAGAUCCAGGACACGCCUUGCGUGGCCCUGCAGGACGACGCCGAGGGCCUCUACUGCCAGGAGCAGAUCAACAGGUCCAUCUACUGGGCAGACGGCUACGUGCUGGUCUUCUCCAUCACGGACCACAGCAGCUAUCGCACCAUCCAACCUCUGUACCAGCACGUCAGACGCAUCCACCCCUCGGGAAACAUUCCUGUCAUCCUGAUCGGCAACAAAAGCGACCUGCUUCGAGCCCGACAAGUGCCGGCGGAUGAAGGCGAGACGUUAGCGUCCUCUCUAGGGGGCGCUUACUUUGAAGCCUCAGCCAGGGAAAACCACGAGGGUGUCCACACAGCCUUCCUGCAGCUGUGCCACGAGGUGUCCCGGGCGUUGGGGGGAGGCAACGGCGAGAAACGUCGAGGAGGCCUCCACCUGGCCCGGCCCAAAUCUCCCAACAUGCAGGAGUUGAAGAGGAGAUUCAGGCAGGUCCUCUCCUCCAAAGUCAAAUCGGCAUCCGCUGUCUGAUGAGUCGCAAGAAACCACGUCGUCACAGAGGCGUCCCGAGACAUUACUCUCAGUAUUUUCUCAAAAGCACAAUCUUUCGGCAUCAGCCAGCGGGAUCAAUAAUCACGUGAACUUUCCUUUUGCUGAGGUUCUGGACGAAGCUGUGAGCCGGCACGUUCCCGGCCUGCGAGGAUGACAACUGUUCAUUUUUUGUCUUCUCUAAAACAAAAGGAGCUCAAUCAAAAUAGCUUGGGGUGUGUUUUAAUUCCAUUCUUCUUUCGAUCAAAAACCUGAUGUAGUCAUUUUUUUCUUUUUAUCUCAAAUGGAAAAAGCUCCAAAGAUGAUGGCAUCUGAUGAAAAAUAGACGUGACCUUGAUCAUAUCGUGUGCUCUGAGGCUAGAGCGGAAAAUUGAGCAUAACAAAACACUCUAGAGUGACAAGUCUGAAAUCAAACUGGUCUUCCACUUUUUGGUUUGGACCGGCCCAUCCAAUGAAAACAGUCAACGUCACUCGCUGUCAGUUCAUCUCAUGCUGCUGGCGCUUCCCGAUCGCAGGCAAACAUUUUCAAUGGCAUGUGUGUGUGUGUGUGUGUGUGUGUGUGUCUGCAUGUGCGCCCAAGCUGCUGUUCUCAUGACCUCCUUAAUGGCCCCCCAAAUUGCUAUUUUUUUUCAUCUGGAAUGUGUCUGGCCUGCUGAGCUUCCUCCGUUAACCCUUCACUGCACACGCUCAUACACGUGACCCCAAAUCGUGACCUUUCUCCCUUUGACUCCGAAAGGGCAGCCGGGUUCCACUAAAAGAAUGCAGAGAAGAUGCUCAGAUAAAAGUCAUUCAAGGCCGGAGUGGCGGACUGGUGCACACGGAAAAGCAAAACUGGACGUGCGGUUUGCAUUUAUUAGAGGGCAGCUAAUGCGACUUUUAUGAGGUCACAUUUGGAAUGGAGCGCUCCUAAAAUGUUGCCUUUUUGGGCCAAGACAUUAAGCGCCAGCAAUGAAAAGAAGAAACGUGUGUUUAUCAGAACUUUUGGGAAAAGAGGUUUAGCGGCAGCAGUCAGUCUCACAUUUUAUUAAAUAACACUUAGUACGCAAA